AUGGCAACUCAAUUCUUCCCUUACAACAUUCUUUCUGAGCAUGAUAAAGAGACAGAAUUCAAAAAUAAAAAUAAAAAAAUACGGGAAGCAGACAUUCUGGAAGUUGUCAGUAAAGGAUUUCUCACUUGGGCUGCUAACAUAGAAAAACGAGUGGAUUUAAAUAGAAAAUCUCCAGCAAACAAAGAAGAAUCCCAAGAGAAUUCGUUUCUGUUGAUCCAUUCUGUCUUUUUUUGCUUUUGCUGUGUUAUUUUAUUUCCCAAGAUAGUCGCAAAUGAGAAAUGUAUUAAACGUAAGAAAAAGCCGCGAUUUGCAGCUAUUUUCUGUCUUGACUUCACAGUUGGAUGA